UUUCUCUUCACGAUCUCGUAUUACCACAGUCGGAAACGCUUGCAGACAUGCGAAAGCCAUUUUCUUAGUGCCAGGCGCGUCGCGAUUAUCCACGAGUCCACGAGAAAUUAAAAAUCUCGACGGUUUCCUCCCGAACAUAAAAUAUAAUCCCGAGGAUCUCUCUCCUUCGUUGCACUGCAGAAAUAGCUGCAGAUAAGAUUACUUGUCUCUCACUUUAUAUCUAAUAAAAAAUAGUCAUAUUUGUAGACGUCAGCCCUUACUUGUCACUUGAAUAGUGCACGGCGUUGCAACCGGUGAGUACGAAUGGAGAACCGGUUGCGGGGGAAAUUUGUGAUAUUCAUUCGUAAGUAAUAACGAGUCGCAGGUGAAUGGGUGACAACAUAUGAUUCUGAAGGAAGUUUGUCUUCAAUGGAUAAGGCAAUCAAUUGUGAACUGCAAAGUGAGCCAUUGCCUUUCCUAUUGAGCAAUUCAUCAACAUUGUUUGAGGAAGAUGACGCAGGAGGAAAUGACUCCCCUCGUUGAGGGAAGGAUCACCCUGAAGACCAAAUUCGCCUAUUCCCUCGGGCACGUUUUUAAUGAUUUGGCAGCUGCCAUGUGGUUCUCAUACACUCUGAUCUAUCUCCAGAGGAUUGCUCUUCUAGAGCCUAUCAGUGCUGGGGCGCUGCUACUCCUCGGACAAUUGGUGGAUGCGCUGAUGACACCAGUGUUUGGAGUUCUGAUGGAUAGAUAUAGCAAGAAAAAAACUUGGCACAUAAUUGGAUCGGUCCUCGUUGCACUCUCAUUCCCCGUAAUAUUCGGCAACUUCUUUGAAUCACUCGCUGGAUUGUCGAUGGCCAUUUAUAUCCUCAGCAUCACCAUUUUCCAGACAGGAUGGGCGGCUGUUCAAAUAUCACACUUGUCGAUGAUACCAAUGCUCACUCAUUCACCAUUGAUCAGAGCGGAUCUCACUGCGAUACGAUAUUCCGCACAAGUUAGUGCUGCUGUAUUUGUCUUCCUCGUGACGUGGAUUGUCUUGCCGACCAAUGACGAAUCCAUGGCAAAACUCAGCAAACAGGACGGCUACAAAUUUCGAGAUAUAGUCGUCGUAAUCACAACGUUCGGUAUAGCAGCAACGGUGUUGUUUCAUGCAUUUUUAAAAGCCAAACUUUUAGAAAUCGUACCAGUGGCCUCUCAGAAAUCAGACAGCGAGGCGCCACAGCGAAAUGAAGCUGAAAGUAAUCGUAGACCUCGGAUCGGAGUUACCCUAUUGUUAGGCGUCGCUCUGCUCUACGUAGCAAGUAGAUUAUUCAUCACUCUGGCGACAGUCUAUCUACCGCUCUACAUUGAAGAAACAGAUGUAGGUGGAAAGCAGGCAUUGGCAACUGUACCAUUGGUGUCCUAUCUGGCAUCAUUUGCUGCUGCACUCACGUUAAAAUACAUCAAUAGAUCCUGCGGUACCAAGAUAUGCUAUCUUCUAGGAGCUCUAAUUGGAAUUCUGGGUGCUGCAGUCGCCGAAUACGCUGGAAGAUAUGAAUUCAUUGUGUACGCAGUUGCUACUUUAAUUGGUGCAGCGAGUUCAAUUACCAUGGUAACAGCACUGAGCGUCACCGCUGAGAUCAUUGGUCCCAGAACUGAAAAUAGCGCACUAGUGUACUCCAUUGUUACUUUUUUGGACAAAGUCGUAACAGGAUUAGUCGUCGUGCUCAUCGAACACUGGCGAUGCGACGACAAGGAGCUCUGCCCGAAUUACAAUCGCGAUACAUUAUCAGCAGUUUGCGCUGGCUCAAUGCUACUAGGUUUCGUCACAUUGAUGUCAGUGGGGCGAUGUCUGUCCCCAUGAAAUCUCGAUUGUGUUUAAUUUUUAAUAGAACACUAGCGCUAAAGCAAUCGGGACGUUGAUAAAAUUCCCAUUUUGAAAUGCAUUUGCAAAUGUUUUAUGAAAAUGAUAAUUGAUGUUUCGAUAGUUACUCAUUAAUCACUUCGCUCCAGUGUUAUACACUUAUCUGCUAGAUAUAUCUCGCAUUCGUUGCUAUUCAAUAUUCCAUCCCCAACAGAUAGUAGAUAUGGAGAAAAUUCUGUUUCUUCUCGUAAGAUAUGCAUAUUCUCUGGCAGAGUAAACUUGGAAAAGAUGGCUUUCACUAAUGCGUUACUCUUUUCCAUGCUCUCCGCCAUGAAGCUUUCCAGUCCCUGUUUUUUUUUACCAAAGGAUGCAGAAUAAAAGUGUAUAAAAUUUGAA